GGAUCCUACCAUGUCCCAAAGACAAGAGAUGCCGAUUCCAGUUAAUAUGUAACUGGCUUCCUUUACCUUUCACCUUUUUCACAUUCACCCUCCAUUUUCUUCAGCACCUGCCACUCCCACAGUACAGAGACCCAGGAAGAGAGAGAGCACACACGCAAACUGGCACGAUUCCUGAGCUUCCUGUAGCAAAAUGAAAAAUGCCUGGUACUUCUGGGUCUCCAGCAUGCUCUGGGUAUGGUCUGUGGCAUCAGGACAUCCCUGCAAUAUUGACAAACAGGGAUGGGCAGCCUGCAGUGGAAAGAGCCUUCUCCAUGCUCCAAAAUCUCUUCCCAAACAUAUCACCAACCUGGAUCUGUCUUUUAACUCAUUGAUAAUGCCCAGACAUGGAACAUUUCUGAGGAGCUUCCCUUCUCUGCAUUCCCUAAACCUCUCCAGCAAUACCAUUCCUACUCUCUAUCCUGGCCUCUUUUGUAACCUGGGUGCUCUCUACCUCUUGGAUUUAAGCAGUUGCAGCAUUUCCAACAUGCACUCAAACAGCUUCCAGGGCUUGAAAAACCUUCACAUACUGCUCCUGAAAAACAAUAAACUUCAGUAUCUGGAACCCUCUGUGUUUCCUGUCUCUGGAAACCUCAUCCAUCUGGACCUGCAGGACAAUGAGCUGUUAUAUUCAGAUGAACUUGCUCAGUUACUUGUGCAAAGAAUCCACCAUGUUGAGCUUCAGGGGAAUCCCUGGGUGUACAGUGCCUCCAUCACUCCUUCCCGACAGGGACUACAACAAACAGAAGCUGAGCUGAUCCAUGAUUCACGCCUAGAGCUCCAGACUAAAGAGAUUAGAACUCUGGACUAUCAGGACCACAGACACAGAAGAAAAGUGAGGGUCGCUGGGGAUGAACAUUCAGCUAACCUGACAUCUGAAAAUUACACCUCUACUACCACACUCCCCCCCGGAAAAGUUGCUCAUAGUUGGCCAUACUUCGCUGCAUUUGUGCUUUCAGCUAUCGCCAUCUCCAUUGUGAUUGCGUUGGUUGCUAAAUGCAAAUUGUUCCAGAGGAACCGUGCCAGCUACAACCAUCAACGGCUGCCUGAUUCGCGCUCCAUUGGAAGCAGCCAUGCUGAGGAAGCUGACAUGGAUGUGGCCUAUGGGAGGAACCAAGGCAUCCCUAGAGUAGCUGGGUGUCCUGCAGAGGAUGAUGAUGGUUUCAUUGAAGAUAACUACAUUGAACCCAAUCAAGGCUUGCAGGAAGAAGAGGAGGAGGAGGAGGCAGAGGAGAAAGAGAAUGAAUUGGAACCCCAUUUCAAACUUUGAGGGGAUAUCAGGAACCAAGCCCCAAUUUUUCAUAUUCUCCAAUACCUUAUCACCCCAUUCUCUAGGAGCUUCCAGUUAUCUCAUACUUGUUACAGAUUCUCCUACCUGCUCUUUGGCUUCAGACCAAUAUCUGAUCUACAACCCUUAGCUUCUUGCCA